ACAAUGGCUGAUCAUGAAAAACGGUCCGGCAAAUAUUCAAUAUAUAUUCGGAUCAUAAAUACAACAUGAAGAUGAAUGAUUAAUUGCAGUGUGAUCAGUUGUCAUUUGAAACAACAGAAGAGGGACAUUGAGACGUUGAAAUUUAUUAUUAUACCGGUUGGUCUCUAUGCCGCCACAAGUCAACACUGCCUAAAACAAUACGAUUUCUUAACUUAUUUCUAUCAACUUAAACUCUUUCUUUUGGUAUUUGUCAAACAUUUCCACAUAACCGUGAAAUAUAGAUUAGGCCUACAUGUUGUCACGUUUCCCAACAUGGCCAUUGUUCAAAAUGAGGGACUGGGAGUGCCCUCGAUUAGCACAGAUGCAAGCUAAAAGUAUGGCUACCGACAGCAAAUAUUAAGACAAGCUAGUCCAUAUUGCCAUCGUAAAAUUCGGUGAAAGUGUAAAGAACGAUAGCAAUAACUUCACAAUCGCGUUGUUCACCUGUGAACACCGGAGUCGAGUGUCCAAUAAAAUAAUCCUCCAUUUUGACAUACUUUCAUAAGCGCGAUAUGUUCCGUGAAAAUAUGCAUACUUCCCAAUGCUACCGUGAAAAUUUAAACACUGCAUUACUUUUCUAUGUUAUUCAUUUCAUUAGUGACAGUGUUUUCAAAACAUUUAUUAUAACAAUGCUAACUUCGUGGGAAAAUCUACUUUGGGUUCUACGCUAAUUUUAUACCUCGCCGAUGCAUUGUGGGAUAUGGGUAUAUAAGCCUCCGCCAAGAGAUAUUUUCCGAGCCCCCAGCCAAGAUGAAGGUUGUCGACGAUUACGAAACACCUUUAACAAUUAACGACGCAAUUACACAGCUGGACAAGGAUAUCUCAACUAAACUGAAGGUUAAUGGCCACUAUGGUGAGAAGACCAGACGCAAGUCCGAUGGUAACUGCUCCUCCACUGGGUCAUCCCCAAAACAUGGUCGCAAAUGUGGUCGUCCUGCCAACCCAGUCCCUCGACACAAGAGAGAUUCACACAUCAAGGCAGAAUAUAAACGCCGGGACAAAAUACAGAAAGGCUUUGAUACCCUGAGAGAGUUGGUUCCUGCUCUAGAAGAUUGCUCCCCAAAAGAAAGCAAGUCGGCAAUGCUGUGUAAAACUGCCGUGCAUUGCUGCCAGGGUAAGGCCGAGUCUAAGGCUCGACAAGACGAGAUCAGUGUCCUACGGCAAGAAAUACAAGCCUUGGGGUCUGACAUUCAUGUGCUGCAGAAUGGUCUGCCAGCCACAGGGAUAGACAGCCUCGACACUCCUCAAUAUGACCUGGACAAGCUGUAUGCAGACUACGUCCGUGACCGUACCUCUCAGAACUGGAAAUUCUGGAUAUUCAGUUUCCUGAUGGAUCCUCUGUAUAAAGCAUACAAAAAUAUGACUGCCUCAAGCACUAGAGAUACCCUGAUAAAAUCGGUGACCCAGUGGGCGGCUGAUAACCUGUCUCUCACAAGCCUUCGCCCAGGAAUGCUUGGUUCGUUAACAACAAUGUGUAAAAAGACAAGUAUCAUGACCAAACCAGAGGAUCUAAGAAAGGAAGCAUUAUCCAGCAUCCAGGGUUUUCUUCCCCUUUCUGCACCCACCAGUCCAACAUCUCCACAGAUACCGGUGUCCAUUUCAAGCCCUUCUGUGUCCCCAGACCUAACUGUGAUGCCCCAAUCCCCUGUUAUGCCAACCCAAGAAUUCAGAACAGAUGACCGCAUGGAUAUGUGCACUGUCUUGGAUGGGCAGAUAGACACCUUGGCCAACGUCAUGGAUACCAUCAUGGCGGAGAACGAGAUUCCAACCUCUAGUCAACUCCUCAUUGACAACAUGUUGUCGGACAGCCUCCUUGACAGUCUAGCCAAGCAGGUUGACAUACCAGAAAGCAAUUUACCAGAACUUGGUCACAUUCUCCCCGUCACCACAUUAGACUCUCUGACCCCGUCCAACACCUUUGAAGGAAUUUUGUCAACACAAUCCAUGAAUAGCACUGUGAUACCAGGACAUUAUUUUACACAAUCUUUGAACUUUGUGGACAUGUUUGAACCUUUGUGUAGUAAUAGCUUUAGUGUGAUGAACUCGUGUAAUCUGGUAACCUCGCCCAGUGCUGUUUCCCAGACGAACCAUAUAUCGGGGAACCAACAGGUAUAACACCACAGGGGGUGUUCACCAGGCUUUGUGGUAACACUCCAGGGGGAGAGGGUUGUGGGGAAAACACAGGAGAGCAAUGCAAGGGAGAGAAGUCUGAAAGAAAAGUUAUGCUGGGAGGAAUUUAAGAGAAAAAUAUACAGUGGUGUUUGAGAGGAAAAUACAAAUGAGAAAAGGAUGUGGGGGUAUGAAUAGGAAGAGUAAAUAAAGUGAAAAUUUAGAAUUUACAGGAUAAAAAGAUGUAAUAUGUUUUGUACAAAAAGUGUGUUGUACAAUGAAUAGAACAACGUUACUUUGUAGAAGUGAGCUGUACAAAAAGGUGACGGUAUGCAUCAUAUAAACCAGUCAUUGCGUGUUGCUUUAGAUGUUCCUGGAUCAUUUGAAUUUACAGGUCAACGUAUCGCACACACUGAGUGAUGAUGCUGCUGCUUAUAUUGAUGAUACACGCCUAUAGGUACCAUAGAUGUUGCAUUCAGGCUAGAACAGAAAUGGUAGAUGUUGAGAUAAGCAUUUCAUACAGCAUAUUAAAGUCAAUGCUGGUUACAGCAUUUAAAAUAACAUCAAUAGUGUAUUAAAGUAUUAACAGAACUGUAUAGGAAUGAAAGUGAUUACUGACUGAAGAUUAAGAUUGAGUCCAUUUAUGUACAGUAGACAACAUGGCAAGAAUGAAAGCAAAAAAAGUUCUAUCACUAUACCCAAUAAAUAUGAUGAUUUGUUCAGUAUUUCUUACUUUGAUUUAUUAUCUUUUCAAUUUUGCAUUUUUCAAUAUUCAGUAUUAAGAUUUACACAAUCAAUUACUGCACACACAUGCAGCUGAACAAGCAUUAAGUCUACUUUAUGGUAUUAAGACUGCAAAAGUGCCAGAUUUCUGUAUUUAGCCUUGAAUGUGUGUGAGUGAUAAUGUAUUCAUUGUACUAUAUGACCAUAUAUUUGUCAUAAAAUGCAUAGAUUUUUCUGA